UCACACAUAAGCAAAAGGCGGGCGAUAUUUUCAGAGACAUUUUCCGGACAGCUGGUGGUUCCAGGGGAGAAAGAACGGAUCAGUCCUCACUGAACACAACUCUGGAACCGAGCAGAUAGUGGAGGUGACAGGAUGUUCUAUGGUGCUUAUGUAUUGGCCAAGAAGGGUCCGCUGGCCAAAGUGUGGCUGGCGGCUCACUGGGACAAGAAGCUGACCAAGGCUCACGUCUUUGAGACCGAUGUCUCAGCCACAGUUGAAGACAUCAUCUCACCAAAGGUCCGUAUGGCUCUGAGGACUUCUGGCCACCUCCUCCUGGGAGUGGUCAGGAUCUACUCUCGGAAACAAAAGUACCUCAUUCACGACCUGGGAGAGGCCUGUGCCAAGAUCAGAAUGGCCUUCAGACCAGGUAUAGUGGAUCUGCCCAGUGAGGGGGGAGUGGUCAAUACGGAUGCCAUCACUCUGCCUGAGAUAUUCCAUGACUUUGAGACGGCUGUUGCCGACCUUGGUUCUCUGGACAUGGAAGAGCAGUUCACCAUCAACCGGAGUCGUAUGGCUGAGAUCACUAUUGCCGAAGACCUCACUGGGGGUGUGGGCGGGGCGCCCGACCCGUUCUCUGAGUUUGGGGAGUUUGGAGACGAGUUUGGUGGAGGUAUGGAAGACAUUGAGAGGGCGAGGAAGGCCGUCACCUUUGAGGAGGAGAAAGACAAGACCGACAGGACCUCCCUGCAGGUGACAGGAGAUGCCAGCUCGACCCUGUUGGCAGAGGGGGGAAGGAAGGGAGGGAUGGGGGAAGAAGGACUGCCAGACCACAAUGAUUUCGGAGGAGGGGAUUUCCUGGAGGACCUGGGAGGGCUCGGUGGGCUGGAGGGACUGGGCGAGGUACCCAGUGUCGGGGAUAUCACUAUGGAUGGUGGUCAGACCAGGGAGGAUGCCAGCUCUCCUCCCAAACCUCAGGGAGAGGAAGAGCCAAUGGAAGUGGACAGACAACAGGAGGAGCAGGCAGAGCACGACCAGACCUCAGAGCAGCCCGGACCACCGCCUCCUCCCGGGGAAGACGAGAGUGGGUUCGUACUUGAGCCAGUCGACGUCACGCUGGCCGCAGACACCACGACAAGGACAAAGAAACGCAAGCGACGACUUGUCGUGGACGAGGACAAGGAGUUUGACUCGAAAAGCAUCCGCUCUCAACUGGAGGACUUCUCAGACACUCUCCAGCCGAAGCUCUUCCCGCCUCCGACCAAGAAAGCCAUGAUGUGGAAGGACAUGACGACGUGCGAGCAGCUGUUCGUGCGCCCGGUGUUUCCCUUCAUCGCGGCCAACAUACUCCGGAUGGUGACUCGGAACUACACCAGCACAAUUCCCGAUGAGCCUACUGAUGAGUCGCUCCUUGACUUGGAGCAACAGGAGGAGGGUGGUGUGGAUGCCAACGCCACUCGAGACACUGUGGGUGAGGUGGAGAAGGCGAGAGGUGCUGACGUGAGUGAGGCAGACUCCACCAUCGCGGGUAUCGGCGAUGCUGCAACCAUCAACGGAGAGCCAGUGUUGGAUGGCGUUGGGAACGAGACAACCGGGGUCCCACUUGAGGACAGGGAGUUUGGUUUGGAGGACGGCGGGGUAGAGCAGCGGGGUGAAUUUCCUCCGGGGGAGGAACCUCUGCCCGACGAACUUGCUGCGAGUCGAGUCAUCCCGGACAUGCCCGAGCUGGAGGGGCUGUCGACGGACGACGCAGCCUCUCAAGCAACGGCCACGUCGGAUGAUAAACACUCCGGGGAGAUGUCGGAGGAGUUCGAGAAGCACCGGUGGACGAAACGCACACAGCAAGUCCUCAAGAUGCUGGAUCGCAGUCUCACUAACAGCCCAGACACACCGUUUUCGGCUCUCACACAGAAAUGCAGCCGGAAGCAGGCGGCAUCUCGGUUUUACACCUGCCUUCUCCUGGCCAAAGAGAACACCAUUCAUGUCCAGCAGACCACCGCCUACGGAGAAAUCCUCAUUACAAAAGGCCCCAAAUUUACCAAGGCUUUCUGAACACCCCACACACCAUCAAGACAUACAUUUCUAUGCAAAGCUAUCGUUGUGUUAUGUGUGCACCACCUACCAACUAGUACGCUUCCUAGCUUUUUCAGUCACACUCACUGUCACCUACUGGACUCUAUAUUUAGAACCGCAGUCAUGUUUCAACACAUUUCUCACAGUUUGGUUUAUAUCGCCACGUGUCAAUACACCAUUAUAAUAUUUACCCCUAUAGAUUACUUAUGGAUAAUUAUAUAUACCAUAUUAUUUUGAAUGGUGAGAGCAUAAUCAAUCGUAACUUGCAAUAAUGUAUAAGUACUUUGGCUAUCCUGCCGGUGUAUACC